AAUUUACGUGUGCGGGGUAAGCGUCCCACAUCGUGGAGUGAAUUCAAAGAACAACUGAAGUCAGCAUUUCAAUCAACAGAUUUUCAAGAAAAUCUUCAUCAACAAUUAAUGCAAUUAAAACAAAAACCACAAGAACUGGAUGAAUACAUAAAAACAUUUCGGGGAUUAAUUGGACAAAUUGAAGAGAUGACAGAAUUGACUCAGGUUAUGCUGUUUAUUAAUGGUUUACAAACAAAUUACGGUUUGUAUGUUCGAUCAAAACACCCCAAAACUGUUGAACAAGCCAUUCGAGAAUCACAAACAUAUGAUAAUGUCGUAACGACGUCAAAGAUAAAUACAACAAAAUAUGAUCCAUUUCUAGAAAAAUCAUCGAUAGUUGAACUGAAUGCAUUAAAUUCAAAUUCAAAUUAUCACCGUCAUGGUAGUACUCAAGUCAAAAAUCAUGAUGCUUGCAUGAAAUUUGGACUAUGUUUUUAUUGUAAAGAACACGGACACAGAGCGUUAGAUUGU